AUGGCAGUGUAUUUCAAGUAUAAAAGUGCUAAAGAUUAUGAUUCAAUUCCAAUUCUCGAUCAAUUUAUUUCUGUUGGGAAUUUGAAACUAAAAGUAUUUGAAUCCAAGCGUUAUGGUAGGGGUAAAGAUUUUGACCUUCUUAUUACCAACGCACAAACUAACCAGGAUUAUGUUGAUCAUGACACUUUGAUUCCCAAAAAUACAGGUGUUUUGAUUCGUCGUGUUCCUGGACUACCUCGCUUGCCCAUAGUAGUUACGGAGCCAAAGCAAGUGUGUGACGAGGAGGUGGAUCAUUCAGUAAAAGCAGAGUGUAUUUCAGACAAAUAUUCUCAAGAGUUUGAAUGCGACGAUUUUGGGGAUGAUGUGUAUGCAAUUCCAAAGUCAAUGCCAAUUCAAUCAGGUAAUCCAGUUCCCACUAGUAGCAUAAAUGAUGAGGUUACUAAGAUCAAGAAUUUAGUUCAUACUCCAGAGUUCUCUAAUGGCUGUGGUUUUGGUCGAGGUGGAAUGGAAUGGAAAAAGCCACCAUCGGGGUAUGUAUGUCACCGGUGCAAUAUGCCUGGGCAUUUCAUUCAGCACUGCCCUACAAAUGGUGACCCCAAUUAUGACAUCAAGAAAGUGAAGUUGAUGGCAACACCAAGUGCCAUUAAUGUUGGAGUUUUGAAGCCCAAUAAGCCGUCGUCUACUUCUUCAUCUUCUUCUUCUAAGCGCUCCUGUAGAGAGAUACCACCGGAGCUUCAUUGCCCAUUGUGUAAAGGAUUAAUGAAAGAUGCAGUUAUAGCAAGCAAAUGUUGUUUUAGUAGUUUCUGCAAUAAGUGUAUAAAGGAUCAUAUUACUAUAUCUAACUCUGUUUGCGUAUGUGGGGCUAGAAAUAUACUUGCUGAUGCCCUCUUGCCUAACAUGACUCUAAGGGUCACAAUAAACAGAAUCUUGGAGUCCCGCAGUAGCACUAGUUCAGAGCAUGGGGUUAGUGCUCAAGCUAUGGCGUCCGCACCCAAUACCCCGGCAUUAAAGACAGUAGAAGAGUGUCCACUAGCUGCUGAGGAAGCAGUAAAUAUGAAGAAAAGGAAGAAACCAUGUGAUGCUGCUGCUGUAAACAUGCAAUGGGGAUUUGCACAAUACAUGAGUUAUGGCAUUAGUCAGAAAGAUAUUCAUCAUGUCUUUCCUAGUGUAGUCACUUGUUGA